AUGGCCGGGCAGGGCCUGGAGAUGGCUUCCAUGAUCCCGGCGCUGAGGGAGCUGGCCAGUGCUAGUCCAGAAGAAUACAAUACAGUUGUGCAGAAACCAAGACAAAUACUCUGCCAGUUCAUUGACAGAAUUCUUACAGAUGUAGAUGUUGUUGCUUUGGAACUGAUUAAGAAAUCAGAUUCACAGCCAAGCUCUGUAAUGUUGCUUGAUUUUAUUCAACAUAUCAUGAAAUCUUCCCCGCUUAUGUUUGUAAAUGUGGAUGGAAAUCAGGUGGAAACUGAAUGCAGUUGCAUUGAAUUUAGUAACUGGAUCAUAACAAGGCUUCUCCGAAUUGCUGCAACUCCAAACUGCAACAUGUUGCACAAGAACAUUUGUGAUGUCAUUUGCUCUUUACUUUUUCUGUUUAAAAUGAAGAGUUGCUCUAUUUUUGAAGUACUAACAAAAGACUUGCUACAGCUUUUCCAAGACUUAAUCUUCCUGCAUGAAACAGAUGCACAAAAGCAUCUCUGGGGAGAUGGACUGGUCUGGCCGGUGUCUGUAAAGAGAUUUUCAAGCAAUGCAAGUGACAAUGUGGGAUAUUUAAGAUUGGCACCAUUACAGCUGAUGGGUAUGCCCAAUGUAGAAUGUUUGGAAAUUAUAUUAUUGUCUAUUCUGACAGACAUUGUUUCAGAUGUGUUUUUUGUAAGACAAGAUAUUAUUCUCUGGGGGAUAGGCUGCUCCCUGUUGGACUAUGGCAGUCCAGAAGUAAAAGCUUUGGCAGUGAAGUUUUUAGUAAAAUUAAUUAAUUUAGGAGGACCUCCUGAACAGCUGGCCAGUGUUUUCUUCGCAGUCUUUUUUGGAAUUCUACACUCAGCACUUGAAAUGGAUACUGAAGAAUCAGAACUCUUUGGAGAACCACUCUUACUGUUGGUGAGGACAUUGUUGCCUUUUGAAGCAGAUUCUCACAAAAAUAUUGAACCCAUCUACUUGAAUAUGCUACUAGAGAAGCUCUGUGUGUUGUUUGAAGGUGAUGUGUUUAGGUGUCUUCAGUCUGAAAAGCUGAAAGCUGCUUUUUGCCAUAUGCUGCAAUAUUUUCUGGAGUUUGUUCCAGCUGGCUAUGAAUCUGCUUUACAAGUAAGAAAAGCCCACAUCGGUACCAUAUGUGGAAUGUUUGUGAAUGUGCUUGGAACUCAGGAAGAACAAGAGUAUCUGGUGAGUCCACUUUAUACAGCAUUAAAAACACAAACGGAAGAAAUCUUUAAGGAGCUUCAUCAGAGCCAGCUAUAUACUUCUGAUACUGAUGGGUGGAGCAGCAGCAGUGAUGAAGUUCCAGAGAAAAGAAGACGACUAAGCCUACUAACAAAGCAUCCAAAGAAACCACCUACAGCAGUAGUACUUAGUCCUGUAAACAUGAAAUUGAAGAGCACUCUGUGGAAUGCCAUCACAAAGAAAGCUUCAUCCUUAAUACUUAUCCUUGAGAAAGAAAUUCUGACACCAAAUAUUCUUGAGACUGUGGAAGGGAUAGCUGUAAUUCUGCGACUAGCUGCUUUGUGCAUAGUUCAUUGUUCUCCCCCAACAAAUUCUACCAGUAUAGAUCAGAAAGUAACUCAUCUGUGUAACUCUGACACAUGCAAGAAUACUCUGAGUUCCUCAGAUCCAGUGGUGAAUAUACAGUUCACAUGGAUUUCCUCUGAUUUUAUCACAAAAGUAGUGAAAGUCUGCAGAAACCUAUUAGAGGCUGCUGUGCAGAUUGUUAACCUACAACAAGUGAUUGACAGAAUAGUGAAAAUCUUUGAUGCUUUGCUGUAUGCACAAGUGAAGAUUCCACUGAGUGAUCAAAUUCUUGAUGAUUUAUGUGGAUUGCUGUCUCUGCCCUGGAUUUACAGCCAUCCUCAUGACUCGUCUUUUAAGCCAUCUGCUUUUGGGUUUGAUCCUCUAGUUUUGAGUCAAAAAACUGCCCAGAGUUUCUCACCCCAAACUCAGUCACACUGUGUGUUCCUUCUGUCUCUCUUCCCGAGAAGCAUUCAUCUGGAUUGGAGAAAAUCUGUUUAUCAUUGGGCACUACAAAGUCCCCAUGAAGUAAUUCGGGCUACUUGUGUUAAAGGAUUCUCUCUCCUGCUUCAUCCACCAAGUGUGCAGUCCUGCAGUAUGAUACCCAAAGCUCUUUUAAAUCAAAUCAAAGAUGAGUCUGAGCUAGUCAAGGAGGCUUGUGCUGCUAUAGUAGGGAAAUUAUCUUGCUGUCUUUCUGGUACAUUCAGCAUACAACCUUCCUUAGAGGACUCUGCUAUUAAGCAUGUUACUUGUGAUAUUUUAUGUAGCAGCCUUACUGUGACUUCUGCUCACAAAAAAACUUGUUCUGUGCAAGCUGGUGUUUUCAAGCCAUUUCUUGUUCUCCUCGAGAACAAAGUAUCCAGUUCAGUAAAGCUAGCAUUUAUAGAAAAUAUACCUCAUCUUUGCAAACAUCUGGAUUUUAAUACUGAUGAGUCCAGUGUGAAGAUUUUUGUUGGGUCUUUAUUAAAUCUAAUGGAAGAUCCAGACAAAGAUGUAAGAGUGGCUUUCAGUGACUGCAUAAAGAACAUACUGGGAUCCUUAGACUCUGAAGAAGGAUUCAUAAAAGAGCUGUUUGUUUCAAGAAUGAAAGAAGCCUAUACAAAUGCCAAAAUAUCAAGAAAUAAUGAGCUUAAAGAUACCUUGAUUCUCACAACAGGAGAUAUUGGAAGGGCGUCAAAAGGAGAUUUGGUACCAUUUGCCCUCUUGCAUUUGUUACACUGUUUGUUAUCCAAGUCAGCUUCUGUGGCUGGAGCAGCAUACACGGAAAUUCGCUCCCUGGCGGCAGCUAAGUCUGUAAAACUGCAAGCUUUUUUCAGUCAGUACAAGAAACCUAUCUGUCAGUUUCUGGUGGAAUCCCUUCACUCCAGCCAGAUGGCAGCACUGACUGCUCCAUGCCAGGGCAAUGAGCUACAGAAACAAACAGCUGCUCAUCAGAGAGAAAUGGCUCUGGACAUGUUAUCCGAGAUCGCCAAUGUGUUUGAUUUUCCAGAUCUAAAUCGCUUUCUCUCACGGACCCUACAAGUUUUGCUUCCGGACCUUGCAGCCAAGGCUAGUCCUGCAGCCUCCACACUUAUUCGAACCAUAGCAAAGCAGUUGAAUGUAAACCGAAGAGAGAUUUUAAUCAAUAACUUCAAAUACAUUUUCUCUCAUCUGGUCUGUUCCUGCUCCAAGGAUGAGCUUGAGCAGGCGCUUCAUUACCUUAAGAAUGAGACUGAGAUAGAACUGGGCAGCUUGCUGAGGCAGGACUACCAGGGACUGCAUAAUGAAUUAUUGCUGCGUAUAGGAGAACACUAUCAGCAAGUCUUCAAUGGUUUGUCGAUAUUGGCUUCAUUUGCAUCUCAUGAUGAUCCCUAUCAGGGACCUAGAGAAAUAACAUCACCUGAACAAAUGGCUGAUUAUCUGCAACCUAAAUUGCUUGGUAUCUUGGCUUUUUUUAAUAUGCAGUUACUGAGUUCCAGUGUUGGCAUUGAGGAUAAAAAAAAGGCUUUAAACAGUCUUAUGUCUUUAAUGAAGCUCAUGGGUCCCAAACACAUCAGUUCAGUAAGAGUGAAGAUGAUGACUACACUGAGAACAGCUCUAAGAUACAAGGAUGACUUUCCAGAACUGUGUUGCAGAGCCUGGGAUUGUUUUGUUCGAAGUCUGGACCAUUCAUACCUUGGCUCCUUGCUUAGUCAUGUGAUAGUAGCGUUAUUACCCCUUAUACAUAUCCAACCAAAGGAAACUACAGCAGUAUUUUACUUUCUCAUAGUUGAGAACAGGGAUGCAGUACGAGAUUUCUUACAUGAAAUAUAUUUUUUGCCUGACCUUCCAGAACUAAAAGAAAUUCAAGUUGUCCUUCAGGAAUACAGAAAGGAAUCCUCCAAAAGCACUGACUUGCAGACAACACUGCAGCUGUCUAUGAGAGCUAUUCAGCAUGAGAAUGUCGAUGUUCGUAUUCAUGCACUUACCAACCUGAAAGAAACAUUAUAUACAAAUCAGGAAAAAUUGAUAAAGUGUGUAACAGACAGCGAAACUGUGGAGCCAGUCAUCUCCCAGUUGGUAACUGUACUUCUAAUCGGCUGCCAGGAUGCAAAUUCUCAAGCCCGACUACUUUGUGGAGAAUGUUUAGGUGAACUGGGAGCCAUAGAUCCUGGCAGGCUGGAUUUUUCAACAAGUGAAACUCAAGGAAAGCGUUUUACGUUUGUGGCUGGUGUGGAGGAUACAAAUUUUGCCUAUGGGUUAUUAAUGGAACUGACCAGAGCGUUCCUUGCUUAUGCUGAUAAUGUUCGUGCUCAGGAUUCUGCAGCAUACGCAAUUCAGGAGUUAUUGUCUAUCUAUGACUGUAGAGAGACAAACACUGACUGCCCAGGCUCCAGGCUUUGGAGGAGGUUUCCUGAGCACGUGCAGGAGAUCUUGGAACCUCACUUAAAUACACGGUACAAGAGUUAUCAAAAGGCUGUGAAUUGGUCUAAUAUGAAGAAGCCAAUUUACUUAAGCAGAUUAGGCGAUAAUUUUGCAGAAUGGUCAGCAACUUGGGCAGGUUAUCUUAUAACAAAGGUACGACAUGAUCUUGCCAGAAAAGUUUUCGAUUGCUGCAGUAUUAUGAUGAAGAAUGACUAUAAAGUGACAAUUUAUCUGCUCCCGCACAUCCUUGUCUAUGUUUUGUUGGGGUGCAGUCAAGAGGAUCAACAAGAGGUUUAUGCAGAGAUUAUGGCUGUUCUGAAACAUGAUGACCAGUCUACUAGGAGACUUGAAGACAGUGCAUCUGAUCUAAGUCAGCUGAGCACACAGACAGUGUUCUCCAUGCUUGAUCAUCUAACUCAGUGGGCUAGACAUAAGUUUCAAAUGCUUAUUGCUGAGAAAAAUUCUAACAAGUCUAGCAAAGACAAAGGUGAUUUAAAAACAUCAAGUGAGGACUACAGAGAAUAUCAAAAUGUGACACGUUUUCUAGACCUCAUACCUCAGGAUACACUAGCUGUGGCUUCCUUUCGCUCUAAGGCUUACACAAGGGCUGUGAUGCACUUUGAAUCCUUCAUCACAGAGAAGAAACAAAAUAUUCAGGAGCAUCUUGGAUUUCUUCAGAAAUUGUAUGCUGCUAUGCAUGAGCCAGAUGGAGUAGCUGGGGUGAGUGCAAUUCGGAAAGCAGAACCAUCUCUGAAAGAACAAAUCCUUGAACAUGAAAGUAUUGGCUUGUUAAGAGAUGCAACAGCCUGUUACGAUAGGGCUAUCCAACUGGAACCUGAUCAGAUUAUUCAUUAUCAUGGUGUAGUGAAGUCCAUGUUAGGCCUUGGUCAGUUAUCUACAGUAAUUACUCAGGUCAAUGGAGUGCUUGCAAACAGGUCUGAAUGGAUUUCUGAAUUGAACACUUACAGAGUGGAAGCAGCCUGGAAACUGUCACGAUGGGAUUUACUGGAAAAUUAUUUGGCUUCAGAUGAGAAGUCCACUACCUGGAGUGUCAGACUAGGACAUUUAUUGUCAUCAGCCAAGAAGAAAAAUGAAGCAGCUUUUUAUGAAACACUCAAGGUUGUUCGAGCAGAACAGAUUGUACCCCUUUCAGCAGCAAGCUUUGAAAGAGGAUCCUAUCAGCGAGGAUAUGAACAUAUUAUCAGGUUGCAUAUGCUGUGUGAGCUGGAACAUAGUAUUGCACCAAUAUUUCAGCAACCAGAUGGUGACCACAGUAGAGAUUCCCUGAAUUGGUGUGCUCGUAUUGAAAUGGCCCAAAACUCUUACAGAGCAAAAGAACCCAUUUUAGCACUGAGAAGGGCUUUGCUUAGUCUCAAUAAAAGCCAGGAUUACAGUGAGCUUGUUGGUCAGUGUUGGCUCCAGAGUGCUAGAGUUGCGAGAAAAGCUGGUCAUCACCAGACUGCAUAUAAUGCUCUUCUGAAUGCUGGGGAAUCUACACUCUCAGAACUUUAUAUAGAAAGAUCAAAGUGGCUCUGGUCCAAGGUUCAUCAAGCGCUUAUUGUUCUCCAGAAGGGGGUUGAAUUAUGUUUCCCUGAAAAUAAAGCACCGUGCAGUACCAAAAACCAGCUCAUCCGUGGUCGGGCAAUGCUGCUAGUGGGCAGAUUCAUGGAAGAAACUGCUAACUUUGAAAGCAAUGCAGUUAUGAAAAAGUAUAAGGAUGUUACGGUUUUCUUACCAGAAUGGGAAGAUGGACAUUUUUAUCUUGCUAAAUAUUACGAUAAAUUAAUGCCGAUGGUAACUGACAACAAGAUGGAAAAACAAGGAGAUCUGAUUAGAUACAUAGUUCAUCAUUUUGGGAGGUCUCUACAGUAUGGAAACCAAUUCAUCUAUCAGUCAAUGCCAAGAAUGCUGUCUUUAUGGCUGGACUUCGGAGCAAAAGCAUAUGAAUGUGAUAAAGCUAGUCGUUCAGAACGUGUUCAAAUGAAAAAUGAUUUAGCGAAAAUAAAUAAGGUGAUUACAGAGCACACGAAUCACCUGGCACCUUACCAGUUUCUGACAGCUUUUUCUCAGUUAAUCUCCCGAAUCUGCCAUUCUCAUGAUGAAGUCUUUGCAGUUCUGAUGGUGAUUGUUGCUAAAGUGUUUUUAGCCUAUCCACAGCAAGCAAUGUGGAUGAUGACUGCAGUGUCCAAGUCUUCUUACCCUAUGCGUGUCAAUAGAUGUAAGGAAAUUCUAAACAAAGCUAUUCACAUGAAGGAAUCUUUAGGAAAAUUUAUUGGAGAUGCAACACGCCUUACAGAUAAGCUGUUAGAACUAUGCAACAAACCGGUUGAUGGAAACAGCUCAACAUUAAGCAUGAACAUUCAUUUCAAAGCACUUAAGAAAUUAGUAGAGGAGCACACAUUUAGUGAAGUUCUCAUUCCCUUACAAUCUGUAAUGAUACCAACUCUUCCUUCAAUUCCUGGUACACAUGCUAACCAUGACGCUUUUCCUGGACGCUGGGCCUACAUUGCAGGCUUUGAUGAUACGGUGGAAAUUCUUGCCUCACUUCAAAAACCAAAAAAGAUCACCUUAAAAGGUUCAGAUGGGAAAUCUUACAUUAUGAUGUGUAAGCCAAAAGAUGAUCUGAGAAAAGACUGUCGGCUCAUGGAAUUCAACUCCCUUAUUAAUAAGUGCUUAAGAAAAGAUGCGGAGUCACGUAGGCGAGAGCUCCAUAUUCGAACCUAUGCGGUUAUUCCAUUAAAUGAUGAAUGUGGCAUAAUAGAAUGGGUGAACAAUACUGCUGGUUUAAGAAAUAUCCUGAUAAAACUGUAUAAGGAGAAAG